AUGGCUGUAACAAUGGAUUUGGAGGAAAGAGCGUCUGAUUCUAAGCUUCAUAAAGAAAGCUUGGUGAAAAAAGAGUUGAGACCAUCUAGCGCUGUUUCUUUUUCCAAAUCUGAACAUGGGACAGUGGAAUCUUCAUCAAUAGACCAAUUGAAACAAUACAAAAGUUGGGUAAGCAAUGAGAGAUGGAAUGAACUCAAAAAGAUAGCAGACACUGCAAUGAAAGAGCGAAAAGUAUUUAUGAUAAAGGGGGGAGGAUUCCCUGCCGUGAGACGUGCCCUGUUGGAAAGAGGCUGGGUAGAAAAAUAUGAAUCACAUAAGGUACGUCACCCGCCUUCAAACGUAGAUCCGAAAAGAGUAACGGGAAAAGAAUUGACUAAAGUUGAAAGAAUGAUCCUUUACAAAUUUAUGGAACAUCAUUCUGUUGAUUUUUUAUGGACAACUAAAAGAGAUAAAUAUGACUGGCUUCUUAGUAAUAAAGAAGUUAUUAUAAGCAGAUUUUGCAGAUCGGUUUUCACUACAAAAGAAGGCCUUACGAAUUCUUUGACUCAAAUGCAUUGGUACACUGAACCUGGAGUAGCCUUAACGAAAUUCCCGAGGUGUUAUAAUAUCCAUAAUUCUGAUAGUCUGGAAGAGUUCAUUGAUGAUUUUAGAAUAACCGCUUGUAUAAGUAUUCUGAAAUGGCUAUCCAGUACUUUACAACAAAGCGAUGACCAAGAACUCGUAACGAAUAAUGGAAAAGUUCCAUUUUCCGCCAUUGAAUUUGCAAUAAAUAGAUUAAAUGAGUACAUAUUAUUUUAUACUCAUAAAGACAUUGAUGAUACUGAAGAUCAGAUUCAGCACGUUUGGGAACAUGAGUGGGACCAAUUUCUUACGCAUCAUUAUCUCCUAGUACAUGAAAAUGCCAAAUUUAUUGAAGACACAAAUUCAAACCUCAAACAAUUAGAACGUAAGGCGUCAAAAAUAUUGUCAACGAUGUCUAAAUUCUGGCCACAAAUAGACAUAGAUGGCGUUUUUAACAUUUGGAUAGUGAAGCCAGGAAAUAAAUGUCGCGGCAGAGGGAUCCAGCUCAUGAAUAACAUAAAAGACAUCAUAGGUCUUAUCAAUAUUCCAGCCCAAAAAACGAGAUACGUUGUACAAAAAUAUAUUGAAAAUCCUCUUGUUAUUUACGACACAAAAUUCGAUAUACGACAAUGGUUUCUAAUUACUAAUUGCCAACCAUUAACGAUAUGGAUAUACAAAGAUAGCUAUUUACGGUUCAGCUCACAAAUAUUUAGUUUGUCGAACUAUCAUGAAUCAGUACAUUUGACGAACAACGCUGUACAAACAAAAUAUAAAAACAAUGGGGACCGGGACAAAGCGUUGCCGGACGAGAAUAUGUGGGAUUGCCACACAUUCAAAGCUUAUCUUAGACAGAUAGGAAAGUAUGAUAUGUGGGAUUCGAAAAUAUAUCCUGGAAUCAAACAGAGCUUAGUAGGGGCUAUGUUGGCGUGUCAGGAGUCUAUGGACAAGAGGCAGAAUAGCUUCGAGUUGUACGGUGCUGACUUCAUGUUGACGGAUGACUUUACUCCUUGGCUUAUAGAAAUUAAUUCCAGCCCCGACCUAGCACCCACAACUUCCGUUACGGCUCGCCUUUGUCCACAAUGCCUGGAGGACGUUGUCAAAGUUGUGCUAGACAGGCGUCUAAACGUAGAAGCGGACACGGGAACGUUUGAGUUAGCCUAUAAACAAGUCAUACCGAAGGCUCCUGCGUACCUCGGAUUAUCGUUAUGCAUCAAUGGCAAACGAUUAAUGCAUGGUAAGAAAUCCAAGGAGCGUCGGCACGAGCACCGCAGUGUGACGCCACCAAGUGCACCAGCUGGCGACGCACAACCGCACGAACAACCCGUGCCACCCGAAUACAAUGGACCAAUAAUCACUGACUUCCUAAGCUGGUUGAACCCUUACGACUCUCUGCCCACCGACAAGGACGGAAUACUUCUAGCCACCAAGGACUCCCUCACGGACUUGUCGAGGAAGGCGCGAAAGAAACGUAGAAUCUAA